AUGGCUCCUGACGAAUCUCAACUAGAGAAGGAGGAGUCCCAUUCGACUGGAACGCUCAGAGACUUACAGAACGGCGACAAGCAAGAAGACGAGCCUCAAUACCCCGGCCCAUUCACGCUAAUAAUCAUCGUCCUAAGCUUGAACCUUGCCAUGUUCCUCGUGGGACUCGACAACACCAUCAUUUCGAGCGCCAUCCCAAAGAUUACCGACCAAUUUCACGCUCUCGGCGACGUGGGCUGGUAUGCCAGCGCUUACCUCCUCACAAACUGCGCCUUCCAAUUGAUAUGGGGGAAACUAUUCACUUUUUACGUGAUCAAAUGGGUCUACCUCACGGCGUUGUUUAUCUUUGAACUGGGGUCUCUGAUCUGCGCCGUGGCCCCGAGCUCGACGGCGCUGAUUGUCGGCCGUGCCAUUGCAGGCAUCGGCGGCGGUGGUGUUGGUAACGGUUCCUUCCUGCUCAUCGCCCACUGUGUGCCUCCACGCCGACGUCCGGCGUUCAUCGGCAUGAUGGGUUCCAUGUAUGGCAUUGCGUCCAUCGCGGGUCCUCUGAUGGGUGGUGCAUUCACGGACAAUAUUUCCUGGAGAUGGUGUUUCUACAUUAACCUGCCUCUCGGCGUGCUUCCCGCUAUCAUCAUUACCUUUUUCAUCGCCCCGUUCCGCGGAAGCAAGAAAGGCGAGGUUGGUUUCCUGAACCAGCUCAAGCAGAUGGAUCUUCCAGGAACCGUAUGUCUUUUGCCCGGUGUCAUUUGCCUGCUGCUCGCGCUUCAGUGGGGCGGCUCUGUCUACCCCUGGAAGAAUGGCCGCAUCGUCGCUCUGUUUGUGCUUGCCGGUCUUCUCUUCAUUGCAUUCAUUGUCAUUCAGUGUAUCAGUGGAGAUCGUGCGACAGUGCCAGGCCGUGUCUUCAGCAACCGGAACGUCUGGGGAUCUGCUCUAUUUGGUUCCUGUGUGACCGCCGGCUUCUUCCUCUUACUAUACUAUAUCCCAAUCUGGCUUCAAGCCGUUAAAGGCGCCAGCGCCAUCAAGUCGGGGAUCAUGAAUCUCCCCAUGCUCCUAGGCAGCGUCAUCUUCUCCCUACUAGGCGGCGCCCUCACCUCCAUAAUCGGCUACUACAUGCCCUUCGCCUACCUCACCGUGAUCCUCAUGUCCAUCGGCAGCGGCCUCCUCUCCACCCUGCAAGUGGACUCCGGCCACGCCCAAUGGAUCGGCUACCAAUUCCUCGUCGGCGCCGGAGUGGGCAGCGGCCUACAGACGGCAUUUGCCGCGCCCCAAUGUGUCCUACCCCUCGAAGACAUCUCAAUCGGCACCGCCGUCGUCAUCUUCACGGAGAACCUGUCCGCCGCUGUCUUCGUCUCGGUAGCCCAAAACGUGUUCUCGAAUCAGCUGAGAACUAACCUCGCCACGUACGUGCCUGAGGCUGACGCGAGUGCUAUCUUGUCUGGUGGCGCUACCGAUAUCAAGAAUCUUGUGCCGCAAGACCUCUAUCAGGGUGUUUUGUUCGCCUAUAACAAGGCUCUGGAUCAGACGUUUUAUGUUGGGGUUGCUCUGUCUUGUUGUGCGGUUCUGGGUGUUUUGGGUAUGCAGUGGAUAUCGGUGAAGAAGCAGAAGAAGAAGAAGAAGGAUGAUAUAUCGUCUGAGUAG